CACUGCUCAGACUGUGGAAAGAGUUUUAAUCAACAGAGUGAUCUCACAAUACACCAGCGCAUUCACACAGGAGAAAAACCGCAUCACUGCUCAGACUGUGGGAAGAGUUUUACUCAAGAGAGUAAACUUAAAAUACACCAGCGCAUUCACACAGGCGAGAAACCGUAUCACUGCUCAGACUGUGGGAAGAAUUUUAAUAAUCAGAGUAUACUUAAAAUACACCAGCGCAUUCACACAGGAGAGAAACCGUAUUUCUGCUCAGACUGUGGGAUGAGUUUUAAUCAACAGAGUCAUAUCAUAAAACACCAGCGCAUUCACACAGGAGAGAAACCGUAUCACUGCUCAGACUGUGGAAAGAGUUUUAAUCAACAUUUUAAUCUCAAAAUACACCAGCGCAUUCACACAGGAGAGAAACCGUAUCACUGCUCAGACUGUGGAAAGAGUUUUAAUCAACAUUUUAAUCUCAAACAACACCAGCGCAUUCACACAGGAGAGAAACCGUAUCACUGCUCAGACUGUGGAAAGAGUUUUAAGCAACAGAGUCAUCUCAAAAAUCACCAGCGCAUCCACACAGGAGAGAAACCGUAUCACUGCUCAGACUGUGGAAAGAGUUUUACCGGACAGGGUGAUCUCAAAAAACACCAGUGCAUUCACACAGGAGAGAAACCGUAUCACUGCUCAGACUGUGGAAAGAGUUUUAAUCAACAGAGUACUCUAAAAAUACACCAUCGCAUUCACACAGGAGAGAAACCGUAUCACUGCUCAGACUGUGGGAAAAGUUUUACUGCACAGAUGACUCUCAAACGACAUCAGCGCAUUCACACAGGAGAGAAACCGUAUCACUGCUCAGAGUGUGGGAAGAGUUUUGCUCAACAGAGUACUCUCAAAAUGCACCAGCGCAUUCACACAGGAGAGAAACCGUAUUACUGCUCAGACUGUGGGAAUAGUUUUAUUCAUCAGAGUCAUUUAAAAAUACACCAGCGCAUUCACACAGGAGAGAAACCGCAUCACUGCUCAGACUGCGGGAAGAGUUUUGAUACACAGAGUCAUUUUAAAAUACACCAGCGCAUUCACACAGGAGAGAAACCGUAUCACUGCUCAGACUGCGGGAGGAGUUUCAAUCAACAGAGUUAUUUCAAAAUACACCAGCGCAUUCACACAGGAGAGAAACCGUAUCACUGCUCAGACUGUGGGAAGAAUUUUAAUCGACAGAGUAAUCUUAAAUAUCACCAGCGCAUUCACACAGGAGUGAAACCAUAUUACUGCUCAGAGUGUGAGAAGUGUUUUAUUACACAGAGUAAACUAAAAAAACACCAACAAAUUCACACAAGAUAGAAACCGUAUCACUGCUCAGACUGUGGGAAGUGUUUUUAGCUAGAGUCAUCUCAAACUUACACUGCACAAUAAGACAAAGUAGUGCAAAAUAAAAUAACUUUAAAUAUGAUGACAUUGAAUUGCUACCUAUUUUUAAAAUAUUGUACAUACAAAAGUAAGAAGCAUACACGGUAUAUUAACUGCAAACUGUAAAUAUUCUUGCUUUGCAGCUUCCCCUGGCUGUUGACAUUAUUCACGUCACUAUUUGCUUAUGCCAAAUUAAACACGGUUGAUUUUAUCUGAACGCAGGGCGCAAAUCCGACUGACAAAACGUUUCCUUUCAGUCCUAAUCACCUUACCUUGAACGAUCGAGACAACGUGACCGCAGCUCCACUGCAGCUGGACUCUAGCAAGACUCUGAAAGUGAUUUUAUCCCGACUCUGAAAAUUUGUCUGCAACAGUGAAAUCGCUUGAAAAUCAUUAGGUGUAAGGUCGGCAUUAGUCUUUGAAAUGUUGAUGUCGUAGUUGUUAGGACUAGAGUAGGAUUCUUAGCUUGCAAUUAAAUGUUUAAAACCAAACCUACAGUGCUUAUGAUUAGGUUUUGAAUGCAUUUAAUCUAUUUUCUAGCAUAUGCAGAUACAAUUACACUGCUCAAAAAAAAAGUAAAUAAAGGGAACAAGUGUUAUGUGUGUGUGUUAGUGUUUAAACAGGUUAAAAAUAAAAUUGGUUUAAUCAGUUUUA